AUGGGUUGGUCUCAGAAGCGACCGGCAGCGCUUCCACUUGCCUUUAUCGUCGCGCUUGACGUUUUCUCCUACGCUAGAGCAUCAUAUAUCCCUCUAAGACCUAUACCACAGGGUCCAAUGACCACACCAGCUCCUAUGGUUCCUCGCGCUACUGAAAGUUUUACUGCUAUAUCAGAAUGUCAUACGCACGGCGCCUCAGUAUUCUGUCUCUAUGGUACAACAGAGCUUCAAGUAAUGGUACCGGCGACAGCAACCAGUGAAAUUCCUCCAACAUAUACAGGCUGCCAUAAACACGGGGAUGAAUCAUUCUGUCUUGCGCCUGAUGGUUCCGAUGUUGAAGUCCUCGGUCUUACCAGCGAAGAACCAGCCGGUCACUCAGAAGAGAGCGACACGCCCAGUGAGAGUGGGGAACAAAGUUGUCAUUUCCAUGCAGGGGUUGAACAUUGUGUCGGCGGGUCAAGCGAGAGCAGCGUAGCACAGUGCUCCCGACGAGAUCGAGACUAUAACGUCCCUCUUAGGAUUGGGCUUCUCUUCGUCAUUCUAGUCACGAGCUUCAUCGGGGUCGCAGGGCCAAUAUUCCUCAAGCCUAUACUGCCACAGAAGUUUCAGCCAGUUUUCCUCAUUCUGAAGCAAUUCGGCACCGGAGUCAUAAUAUCAACAGCGUUUGUCCAUCUUUUCACGCAUGCUCAGCUUAUGUUCACCAAUGAGUGUCUUGGAGAGCUCGGGUAUGAAGCAACAACAGCUGCGAUUGUCAUGGCCGGAAUGUUCUUCGCAUUCGUAAUAGAGAGCUCGACUCAUCGCUUAGCCCAAAGAUUCUGGGCAAAAACUCAGUACAACAGCGAGGUAGUUGGUGUCGCAGUGCUUGAAGCUGGCAUAAUAUUUCACUCACUUUUAAUCGGCGUUACUUUGGUAGUUGCAGGGGACAGCUUCUUCGUAACUCUUUUCGUUGUCAUCCUCUUCCACCAGAUGUUUGAGGGUAUAGCUCUCGGCACUCGCAUUGCCUCUGUUGGUCAAUUGAACGAAGCCGAAGGAGAAAAUGCCAAUCAUGCACAAUUAGCCAGGGAUGAUACCACGUCCACACAAGUUCCAACAAGCAUAGAUAAUGGGGACUCUCUGCAGGAGAGUAAGGAUUUGAACUCGUUGCCAAUGUCCCAGAAGUUUCUCAUGGCUAUCGCUUUUGCUUUGGUUACUCCGGUUGGUAUGGCUAUUGGGAUUGGGGUUCUGAAUCAGUUCAAUGGUAAUGACCCCAAAACACUGAUUGCUCUGGGGACUCUUGAUGCAUUAUCAGCCGGUAUACUCAUAUGGGUGGGAGUCGUGGAGAUGUGGGCGGGAGAUUGGAUGUUUGGUGGUGAAUUGGCAAAUGCAGGGGCUCUCAUAACAACUCUUGGAGGGUUAGGACUUGUUGCGGGAAUGGCUCUGAUGGGCUUUUUAGGAAAAUGGGCAUGA